UAUGAUUAGUAGAUGGAAACGUUUAAGAAGUGCCUUGCGAAAUUAAUUUUGAUAAAAUAACUUCUAUUUAACCAAAUGAUCAUAAAGGUAAAUUACCCUCAUUUACUAUAAUAAUUUCACCAUGAAGAUUAUUAUAUUCUGUGCCUGUUUGAUAACCUUUGUUCUGUGUCAAAAACGGGCCAUUUUAAGUCCAGAUAUUGAUCCUUUAUCUGAUUUAAUGGUAAACAAAAUAAACUCUCUAAACACAACAUGGAAAGCUGGUAAAAACUUCGAUGGUUAUACAAUUGAUGAAAUUGCUAAGUUAUGUGGCGUUAAAAGAUUGGAAAGAUCAAGUGAUGAGUUUGGCAGGAUUGAAGUUGAGGUUGAACCUUAUAUACCAAAAACUUUUGAUGCUCGAAGUGCUUGGCCUCAUUGUCCUUCAAUCUCAUUUAUUCGUGAUCAAGGAGGCUGUGGAUCGUGUUGGGCUUUUGGGUCAGCCGAAGCAAUGUCUGAUCGAACCUGUAUCAAGUCAAAUGGAAGAGUCAAAGUUAUAUUGUCUCCUGAGGAUAUUUUAUCUUGUUGCAUUGAUUGUGGUUAUGGUUGUAAUGGUGGCUACAUUGAGGCAGCAUAUCAAUAUUGGGUUGAAGAAGGUGUUGUCACUGGUGGUUUAUUCAAUGGUACUGGUUGUAAACCUUAUAAAAUUGCUCCAUGUGAACAUCAUGCAAUCGGACCAAGACCUAACUGUACCGAUGAAAUAACUCCUGCAUGUGAAGUCCAAUGCCAAUCCAACUACCGUAAAACCUAUCUUGAAGAUAAACAUUACGGUUUGAACAGCUAUAAAAUUGUGGCAAAUGUAUCUCAAAUUCAAUCGGAAAUUUUAAGAAAUGGUCCAGUUACAGCUGGUUACAUAGUUUAUAGCGAUUUUGCUAACUACAAAUCAGGAGUCUAUCAGCGACACUCUAAUGUCACUUUAGGCGGCCACGCAGUCAGGAUUUUAGGUUGGGGAAUUGAGACAGGUGUACCAUAUUGGCUUGUUGCUAAUUCCUGGAAUACUGAUUGGGGGGAUAAAGGUUACUUCAAGAUACGUCGUGGUGUCAAUGAAUGUGGCAUUGAGGAUCACAUUGUAGCUGGAAUACCUAAAAAUUGAUGGAAACUGGGUUUAAUCAUUUCAAGCUAUAUCAGCAAUUCAAAAUAUUAUCUACCGAGGAUUUUGGUUUUGUUGAUUCUGGUCGAAAAGGUUAAGCAAAAUGACAAAAUUUCACUUUUAUUUGUGAAUUAUUGGCCAAAAGCUAACAAAUAAUUGUAACAAAAGAUGAAAAAUUAAAAGCAUACAUAAUCAAAUUCAA